AUGUUUAACCUGCUUCUCCAUGUGUAUGAUUUUUGUGAUUUAUGCUCAGAGGUGGAUGGAACCAAGCAGGAAGAGGGUGAGGGUUUUUGUCCAUCACAAUGCACUUGUAUAUUCCAUGGAAGAAGCGAUGGAACAGGGGCAAGGUCUGUUCUCUGUAAUGAUCCUGACAUGUUUGAUAUUCCUAUUAAUGUUCCUGUUGACACUGUGAAGCUUCGAGUAGAAAAGACUGUUAUUCGUAGAAUUCCGACUGAAGCCUUCUACUACCUGGUGGAUCUAAAAUACCUUUGGGUUACCUAUAAUAGCAUUUCCAAUAUUGAUUCAAGUAGUUUUUACAAUCUGAAGCAACUUCAUGAAUUACGCUUGGAUGGAAAUAUGAUAUCCGUUUUCCCAUGGGAAUCUUUAAUGGAGAUGCCUCGUCUACGUACAUUGGACCUGCAUAACAACAAGAUAGCAAGUAUCCCUGCUGAUGCUGCACGUUAUUUGAGAAAUAUCACUUAUCUAGAUAUCUCUAGCAACAAACUCACAACUUUGCCUUCAGAUUUGAUGGACAUCUGGCUUCUAUACCCCGAUACAUCAGCCAAAACGACAGACUCCAUAUCGCAGAGAGUUAUACUGGGACUACAAGACAAUCCUUGGUUCUGUGACUGUCGCAUUUCAAGACUGAUUGAGCUUUCAAAACUUGUAGAUCCCCAUGUGGUAUUCCUGGACCCUCUUUUGGUCUGUAAUGGACCCGAAUCUCUAGCAGGCAUUCUAUUCCAAAGAGCAGAGCUAGAGCAGUGUCUGAAACCAUCAGUGAUGACAUCAGCUACCAAAAUUACAUCACCACUGGGUAGUAAUGUGUUGUUAAGAUGCGAUGCUACAGGCUCUCCAACCCCACAAUUACUGUGGAGCAGGACCAACAAUACCGCCUCAAAUUACACAGUUAUCCAGGAAUCCCCAUCGGAUGGCGUCAGAUGGUCAAUUCUAAGUAUGAAUGGCAUUUCUUACAGAGAUGCUGGAGAAUACCGAUGCAAUGCCAAAAAUCUGGCAGGUAUGGCGGAAGCAUCAAUAACCGUCAUAGUACUCGGUGUGGUCACCACAACAGUAUUUCCACAACGCGAAUUGCGCAGAUUAGAAUCAGAACAGCUCAAUACUGUUCGAACUGAAGGGAAAGAGGAAUCAAAAAAAUCAACAAUCACUCCUUGGCUUUCAUUUUCGUCAGUAACAUCAGUAUCCAUAAGAACAUCAACAGCACCACCCACAUUAGUGCCAACAACUGUUGUAUCUACCACAUUAAAAAGUCCAGAGAGGAAACAGCAAAAACUAUACCCAGAGAUGAAGAAGAACCGUGAGGGGAAUACACAAGGAAACAAGAAAAAGUUUGAUUUGGUCAGAGAGCAAAAUGGAAUAAUAGCAACACAACAGAACUCUGUGGUAUGUAACCUGAAAGUAAGCAUAGAGUCGGAGGAUCGGGUCACCUUAACCUGGAAGACCCUCAACACCACAAACACCUCUACUUUGACUGUCCUGUACUCAAAAUAUGGUGAUGAAGAGAUGCUGAAGCUGAGCACGGAUCUCAGCAAAAACAGAGUAACCAUCGACGGUUUACAGCCCAGCACAAAAUACAUGGCGUGUGUUUGUCCCAAAUCAACUCCACCCAAGAAAGACCAAUGUAUUGUAUUCUCUACCGAUUCUCUACUGACUACGGAAAGUGGCUCGCAGGUGUCUAUUCUAGUUGUGGCCAGCAGUGUGGCCUGUGUUGUUAUUUUACCAGUCAUUUUCAUUUUACUUUACAAAGUUGUGAAACUGCAAUGCAAGCCACAGAGUCCUGGCGAAGAGGAUCUCUUAAAGGAGACUUACGUAAAAUUUGAAACUUUGUCCUUGAGGCCACGUUCCAUAAAUACUGGAACAGAAUUAUGGACAAGAAGAGACACAACAGAAUCAGAAAGGCUUCUUCUGUGCUCUAGGUCAAGUAUGGAGUCCCAGGUGACUUCUAAGAGUGAAGGAUCCAGGCCUGAAUAUUACUGUUGACUUCUGAAUAUUUUACCUUGGAGUUAAAAUUAAUUAAAUUUAAAAAAAUGGAAUUAUUGUGAAAUGAACAUUAAGAGGAAAAACUGUUGGAAAUUUGUUAUCAUACAGUUGUUUGACGUUGAAUGAGGGUUGUGUUUUUUCUUUUCUGUUGGUUUUGAUUAAGACUUUCUUUAUAAUAAAAGUUAUUUUUUUAGUUGAAUUGAUCAUAAAAUUGUUAUUUCUGAAACUGUGGAGACAUGUAGCUCCAUAUUUAUAUUUAUUGGUUUUGGUGGGGUUUGUAAAUACUAUUGUGAAAUAAAAUGAAGUACGUUCAGGAAAGUGUGAACAAUAUGAAAGGGAGUAUGUGUUUUUGUCUAGUAGAUUGAUUUGAGCCUAAUAUGUAAUGAAAGGAAAUUUAACUUCACCAAGAAAGUGGUAGAUAAGUGGAGAAGGAUUCUAACAGACUAAUACAGUGAGGGAAUGUAAACGUAUAUUGGAAGUA